AUGAACUGUCCGAUCGAUCGUUUUGCAGAGCGCUCGAAAAUGAACCUCUCUGGACUGUACCCACUGGAAUCGAAGUUUCUCGUCUACUCCCAUGCCGGAUGCUGCCUUGUUUGGUGAGUUUAAAUGUUUCUCUUGUACACCUUCGAUUGGAAUCCGAACAAAUUCCAGGAUUCGCAAAGGAUCAUGGGUGGGCGAACCAAGCAACUGCCCCAUGUGCCAGACGGUCAUGCUCGAAGCUAUUAACGGCUUCUCCGACGAAGCGGCUGCGUUGAACUACAAGGCAUUCUUAGAAUUUGUACGUUUUUUGACGUGUACGCACAGACGAUUAACAUGUUUUGUCUUUCAGAAAAACAAGGAGGACCUGAAGACCGAGAAGAUGUUCCUCCAUCUUAAUGCUGAAAUAAACAAAAUUGAAAGCGGCAAGCCAUCGGUGGUGGGUUCAUUUUCUGAAAACUAUGUAGUUCUCAGACCAGAAAAAACAGCAAAAAAGUUAAUUUUACAGGUCAUUCCCGAGAAAUGGGCAAAGACGCGGAACGGUGAGCCGUACAUGGAUGGCUCGUUUUACGAGAAAUGGGUGAGUUGCAGAGUUGAGCGGAAUUCCGUCUGCCGUCUUCCGUCUUCCGUCUUCCGUGGUUUUUCUUGUUCCGUCUUCCGUCUGCCGGCUUCCGUAAAAAAAAAAUUUUUUCCGUCUGCCGUCUGCCGUCUUCCAGAAUUUUUUCUUCUUACCGUAAAAAAGUAAUAGCUUUUCAGAAGCCAUUUACUAACCCCGAAGAACGCGAAUUUCCACGGGCAGUGACCCAGAUCCAAAAUUUUUGUUGCUUUAGUUAUUUAUUUUUUAAAAACCGGAAAAAAAGGUUCUGCAUUGACGAUUUUUUUGUUCCGUCUUCCGUCUGCCGUCUUCCGGGAAAAAAGUUGUCUUCCGUCUUCCGUCUGCCGUCUUCCGUGAGAAACAUUUUCUUCCGUCUUCCGUUUUCCGUGUUCCGUAAAAAAAUGUUUCUUCCGUCUGCCGUCUGCCGUCUUCCGGAUUUCAAAAUUCCAUUUCCGCUCAACUCUGGUGAGUUGCCUUUAUUCUUUUUGGACUUGUGGAAGCUGUGUGCAGUGCAGAAUAACAUGACAUUUUGAAGAGUCAUGUCCGCCUGUCUUAGACAAAACAACUGAAAACAAGCAGCAAUCGAAUACAAUCGAAUUGAGAGUUCAAUUCUGAAUGAAUCUUUUUGCAGCUCGGUUGGAAGGUUCAAUGGCCCGUUCCGGAGAUGAUCGGAGUGAAUCAGUACAGAAACGCCACGCGGACACUUCCAUUUGGCCCGGGACCAUCGGAGUGGACUAUCGGUGAGGGGCUCAAAAAGAAGAACAACGACUGA